GUCCGGUCCGGUAGGGACGUUUAGCUUUCAUAGAAACUUUAACGAUGCGAUACCAUUUCGUAGCUGUCAAAGGUCGUGCUUGGGCCUUCGAUUGAUUUUUGUUUGACGUCAUUUACUAUUAUCGGUAGGUACUUACAUCAGCCCAAUCGAGAUUAGUGUAUUACUUUUAAUAAACUAAAUGCAGUUGCAAUUAAUGUUAUCUAUAUUAGUUUAUUUAUGUCAUUUAAAGAAUAUAACAACGAAUACAGCAAUAAAUCCAUAGUGUAAUUAAGUGUUUAUCGAUUAUCGAAGUUCCUUAAUUAUAAGUUGAUUUGGUCGUUUUAUUUUAAAAUAGUGGGAUAAAGAAAAUUAAUAUAAUAUCAAUCCAAUUUGUCAUUGAAUACAAAACAUUUAAACUAUUUUUAAUGCAUUUUAUUCCGUAUAUGUGUUAUGUUUACGUUAUACAAAUAACUGACUACAUAACUUCCGACACGACACUUAACGCUAUCAUUAUAUUUUAAACAAUGGUUCACCGUUACGGUGUUAAUUAUUGGAAUUCCUGUUGUAUCGGUUUAAUACGCGUGGAAAAAUAAACGGCAAUACUUGUGUAAGUAAGUACUGCUCAGAUAAAUGAGUUAUUUAUUUAAAAGUGGUGUCGUCGCCGCGCUGGUGAGUCCUCUGUUAUCGCAGCCGGCGAGAUGCGAGGCGAGCGCGCCGUAUGCGUCCGCGCACGCUCAUAUCGCGCCUCACUUCACUCACAACAACCUCAGUUUUACAGCCCGGGUUUUUGGAAACAGCACCAACUUAUUCGUAUCGUGACUCACGGGGAGAGCGGACCGUAGUGAAAAACUCGACGUCAAAAACCAUGAUGUCUAGCACCGAAAAAAUAUGCAGUGUCAACGACCUAACGAACUCCACCAUUCUACUCACCAAUCAUCAGAAGAAAGGGUCGUGGAUAGAAAAACCCAAGAGGAUACUGAAGAGCGUCAAAUGCUUUUUUCGCGAGACGACCGUCGAGCCUUGCUUGUUUAUUUACAUGCUGUGCACCUCCUUAUCUUCGAUGGCAGUGCAGAACAUGCACCUGGAAAAGUCCUGCAGAGUACAUUACGACUUCGGUGACGAUAUAUGCGAUAGAAUAAGAGACUUAAAUACCACUGGCUUAGAAUCGGAAUUGAGUCAAGUUCAAACUUUGGUAGCGAAGGUAAUGGCAUGGAAAUUCCCGCUUCAGACAGCGAUCCCGGCGGUUUUGGUACUGUUCGUCGGAGCGUGGAGCGACAAGUACAAAAGACGAAAGAUAUGCAUACUAUUCCCAUUCAUAGGGGAGAUCGUUACGAAUAUAGGACUACUUUUUGCUACGUACUAUUUCAAGGAACUGUCGCUACAGGCUACGGCGUUAAUAGAAGCUUUGCCUGCCGCAUUCACUGGGAGUUACAUUAUUAUAUUUAUGGGCAUGUACAGUUUCAUGUCGGAUAGAACAACAAUAGAGAAUAGAACGUUUCGAUUGGGUAUUGUGACAAUAUUUGUCAGCUUCGGAACGCCUACUGGCACGGCUCUGAGUGGUGUUUUGUUAAGAGGACUCGGUUACUAUGGUGUGUUUACGUUAUUGCUUUUCCUGCAUAUGUUUUCGUUUUUAUACGGUGCAGUAAGGUUGGAAGAUGUCGCGAUCGAGAAGAAUGAGGUGACUUUAGACAAUACUAGUGGAAACAAAUGUGAGAAGAUAUUUAGGGAUGUGUUCGGACUCGUUGGUAAUACAGUACUGGUGGCCUUAAGACCGCGAGCCUCCGACGGCAGACUGCAAAUAUUCUUAGUCAUCGUAUUGUAUUUGAUAAUGGUCGGACCACUUUAUGGUGAUUCGCAAGUGAGUUAUUUGUAUGCAAGGCGUAAGUUUCAACUCAACGAGGUCGAAUACAGCAUUUAUGGAACUGCGAACAUCCUCCUUGGCCUAAUAGGUACAGUCUUCUGCAUAUCUGUCCUUAGCAAAAAAUUCCAAGUGCAGGACAGUGCUAUUGGAGGUCUGGCAGGAGUGAGCAGGAUAGCUGCCUGUUUUGUUUUCGCGUUCGCAUCAUCCAGAUCAUGGUACUACUCAGCUCCAGUGUUCAACAUUUUCAGUCACACCGGCCUAACUGCUGUUAGAUCAAUAGCUACUAAAAGUGUACCCACAGAGGAAGUCGCUAAGCUAAGUGCAUUGCUGGGUGUGACAGAGGCGUUAGCUCCUUCGAUCUACAUGCCCGCAUCGAGUUACAUCUACGUGUCUACGAUAGACAUAUUGCCAGGAGCGUUUUACUUAUUCGACGCUUCACUCACUGUGUUGGCGCUGGGAUUCUUCGCAUUUAUUUACAUCCUGGUGAGGAAAAGGCAAAGAUCAGUUGUCUCAGUACCAGAGAAAAAAGAAGAAUUUGCGAGAACAAACGAAGUAUCGAAAUUUUAAUACUUAAUGAACUUGAAUUAUGUACCUGCCUCUUUGGUAUUUAAAGACAGUUCUGAUGAUUUUUGUGAGAUACUUAUAGAUAAGUUUUGGUAAAAUUUUCAUUAAAAAUCAAAUUUACUUUGAUUCAAUUAUCAUAAUUUGCGAAUGAUAAAACAUCUUAGAUUACGGAGUUGUUACAACUAUUGUACCGCCUAAUUGCUUUUGUAAUUACGGACCAUGGUGUUAUUAAACAAAAGAUGAACGUAGUCAGUCACUCAUUAUGUAGGCUGGACUAUUGACACAGCAACAUAUUGUUGCGCGUCCAUUGUUGCCAAGUGAAUACGAGACUUAAUCAACUGUAGCUUGAAAAUAAGCGAUGGUUUGAUUUACUAUAACAAAAGUAUGAUAACUUUUGACUUUUGUUAAGGAAAUAAGAAGGAAGAAAGGAAGUCUUUACUAUACUACUGUUUGUCUGAUAGUGCAAAAUUGUGCAUUAUUUUGAUAGCUAACAAAAUGUUUUGCGCCAGUAAUAUUUUGACUAACUAUUAAAGCAAAGUUAUUUACGAAAGACAGAGAAGGAACAUAUUCAUUACUAGCUAUCAAAAUAAUUACUUGAUAAAAAUCCCUAGUUAAGUUAUUUUAACGAUUAUUAACAAAUAGUUGGCAAAAAAUAUUUUUUUAUUAAAUCAUUUUAUUUGAGGCAUGAAUCUGCCUCAACUAUUUGACAGAAGUAAAUAAAUACCACCUACAAAUUGGUCAGUUCUUGAUUUUGCGUUAUUCGCAUUUCGUAAUGUUUAACGAACUUAUUUCACAUUCUUAUUUGAUUUAUUAUUGUAGAUUUAUUUAUUUUGAUAAAGUAGGUUUUGUAUUCAUUAAUAGGAUAAGAUACAUUUUAUCUUAGACUUGUGUUACUUAGUAAAUGUUAACUUGAAUUGAGACUGAUGUGCAAACGACGAAUGUUAUGAUUAAUGUAAGUUACCGUUUAGUUUAAUUAAAUUACUAUUGUCAUCUGUAAAAAAGUAUGUAAUAAUGUGUCCUUGUUAAAAUAUGUGCAAUAAGACGUG